CGCAGCCCAAGAUGAAGCUUUUCGGAUUGCUAAUCUUCUGUGUGGCGGCUGCCACUGCCCUUCCUCUCAACGAGGAAGUUGGCGAGGAACAUAUUCCCGAGCCCUACAAGAGAGUCGGUGAAGAACUGAUUCCGGAACCGUACGAGGAGGUAGGCGAGGAACAUAUUCCUCAGCCCUACAAGCGAACCGGCGAGGAGUUGAUUCCGGAGCCCUACAAGAGAACUGGUGAAGAGCAGAUUCCGGAGCCCUACAAGAGAACCGGAGAAGAGCAGAUUCCGGAGCCCUACAAGAGAACCGGAGAAGAGCAGAUUCCGGAGCCCUACAAGAGAACCGGAGAAGAGCAGAUUCCGGAGCCCUACAAGAGAACUGGAGAAGAGCAAAUCCCGGAGCCCUACGAGGAACAGGGAUACGAGCAGAACUGGCAGCUAGUGCCCGAUGGUGAUGGCCGCCUGCAUCUGGUGAACACCGAUCCCUUCAAUCUGGGUACCCAGGACGAGCCUGCACCUUUGUUCAAUGCUGAUGCCGACACCAUUUUCUUGCUAUUCACCCGCAACAACCGCAACAGUGGACAUCGUAUCACUCCUGGUAAUGCUGGAACCCUUGGACCCCACUGGAAUGGUGGUCGUCAGACUCGUUUCAUCAUCCACGGCUGGAACAACAAUGGAGGAUCGGAAGUUAAUGUUGCCAUCCGCAAUGCCUAUCUCGAUCGUGCCGACAUCAACGUGAUCGUUGUUGACUGGGGUGGUGGCGCACAGAACCCGAACUACGUGACGUCCCGCAACCACAUUAACGCUGUCGGAGCGGCUGUGGCUCGUUUCAUCGAUUUCCUGAACCAGAGCGGAGGGUUGGCCUUCAACAAUGUGUACGUUACUGGACACAGUCUCGGUGGUCAUACUGCCGGUAUUGUUGGCAAGCGUGUGACCCGUGGUCGUCUGAACACGGUCGUCGCUCUGGACCCUGCCCUGCCGCUGUUCUCGAUCAACGAUCCUGGAAAUCGUGUUGCCUCGGGUGAUGCUAACUACGUUGAGGUGAUCCACACGAACGGUGGUCUGCUCGGUUUCGAUCUGCCUCUCGGUCAGGCUGAUUUCUACCCUAAUGGAGGUCGUAGCCAGCCUGGAUGUGGUGUAGAUCUGGCGGGUACUUGUGCUCAUAGCCGAGCCCAUCAAUUCUUCGCUGAAUCGGUCCGUCCGGCUCAGAGUGGUUUCAACUCUGUCCGUUGCGCCAACUACGAUCAGAUCCUGAACAACAACUGCGUGUCGUCGGGAGCUAACGCUCGUAUGGGUGGAGAGCCUUCGAACAUUGGACGCGGUGUGAAUGGAGUUUAUUUCCUCACCACCAACGCCCAGAGUCCGUUUGCACGCGCUCAUGCAGCUUCCCUGUCCGCACCCGCACCGGACCAAUGGAUGCUCAUCCCGGACGGUAAUGGACGGCUACAUCUGGCCAACCUGAACCCGUACAACAUUGACGAGACUGUACCGGAGCCUCACUUUACCGCUGGCACGGAUACGAUCUUCCGCCUCUACACGCGCAGCAACCGUGACACGCCACAGGUCCUGCAGCUGAACAAUGCCGGUUCUGUGACGAGCUCGAACUUCAACGCAGCAAAUCCGACCCGUUUCAUCAUUCACGGCUGGAACAACGAUGGCUUCUCGGAGGUGAACACGAUCCUCAAGGAUGCUUGGCUAGAUCGUGGCGAGUUCAACGUCAUCACCGUUGACUGGGGUGUUGGUGCACAGACCAUCAACUAUCCGUUCGCUCGGGCACGUGUGUCCGCCGUCGGUAAUGUGGUGUCGACGUUCAUUAACUUUUUGCAGUUCACCACGGGCAUCACCUUCGCCAGCGUUAGCAUUGCGGGACACAGUCUCGGUGCGCACGCCGCCGGUAAUGCCGGGUUCUUCCAGUUCGGACGUCUGAACACGAUCUUCGGUAUGGAUCCGGCACUGCCCCUGUUCUCGUUGGACAGUAACGAUCGUCUGACGCUGAACGAUGCACAGUACGUUGAGUCGAUUCACACCAACGCCGGUCUGCUUGGGUUCGAUCUGCCCCUUGGACAGGCCUCCUUCUAUCCGAACGGAGGACGCACUCAGCCUGGUUGCGGCGUUGACAUUACGGGGGCUUGUGCGCAUGGCCGGGCGUACGAAUUUCUGGCCGAAUCGAUUGUGUCCGGUGGAUUCACCUCGGUACGGUGCGGUUCGUACGAUGAGAUUCUGACCGGAAACUGUUCCGUGCAGGGCCCGAGCCGUCCGAUGGGUGGUGAACCGUCCAACUUUGGCACAGGAGCUGAGGGUGUGUUCACGCUCUCGACCCGUGCUGCUGCUCCGUUCUCACUUGGAUAA